GGAGACCGGAUCCCUGAGGCUGAGGGGUGGGAUCGGCGAAGAGACGUAUCGCCGGCAGGAUGGUGGAGAAGCGCGUGUCCCGCUGGUACUUCGGCGGCCUGGCCUCUUGCGGGGCAGCAUGCUGCACUCACCCGCUGGAUUUGCUCAAGGUCCAUCUGCAAACUCAGCAGGAAGUGAAGCUACGCAUGACGGGGAUGGCGCUACGUGUGAUUCGCAAUGAUGGUUUUCUAGCACUGUACAAUGGGCUCAGUGCCUCACUUUGCCGACAAAUGACGUACUCUCUCACCCGCUUUGCCAUCUAUGAGACGGUGCGGGACCACUUGAACCAGGGUGCCCAGGGGCCGAUGCCCUUCUACCAGAAGGUGCUGCUAGGUGCAGUAGGAGGUUUUACUGGUGGAUUCGUGGGGACCCCGGCUGACAUGGUAAAUGUCAGGAUGCAGAAUGACAUUAAGCAGCCGGCACACCUGCGGCGCAACUACUCCCAUGCCCUGGAUGGCCUGUAUCGGGUGUUACGUGAAGAGGGUGUGAAGAAAUUGUUCUCAGGAGGAACAAUGGCAUCAAGCAGAGGAGCCUUGGUUACUGUUGGACAGCUCGCUUGCUAUGACCAGGCAAAGCAGUUGGUUCUUGGGACCAGCUUACUCGCUGACAAUAUUGUUACUCAUUUCCUGGCCAGUUUUAUUGCUGGAGGAUGUGCCACAUUCCUGUGUCAGCCCUUGGAUGUGCUAAAAACACGGCUUAUGAAUUCCCAAGGCGAAUAUCGGGGGGUCCUGCACUGUGCAGUGGAGACUGCCAAGCUCGGGCCAUUGGCUUUUUAUAAGGGCCUUGUUCCUGCUGGCAUUCGCUUGAUCCCUCAUACUGUGCUCACAUUUGUCUUCCUGGAGCAGCUACGCAAAUACUUUGGGAUCAAAGUGUUGACCUAAGGGAGAAGGGACCUGCCUCACGAGAGUAAAAAAAAAAGAUGGGGAACAGGGACUGUAGAGUCCCAGAAUGGCUGGGUGUCAUAUUCUUUCCCUCCUUGAGGUGCAGGCAAAUUUGAGGUACCCACUUCAGUGCCAGGGCACUAUAUGACAUUUCACAGAAUGCCCUUGUUUGGCAUCUGCCAGUUCAGUUAUUGCCAGCUCUUCAAUAUGGUUCGGUGCCUACUAGUGUAAUAGCCUAUUGGGAUUUUCAGUGACUAGUCCCAAUUGCCUCUCUUCUUUGCCCAUCAGUACCCAGUACCUUUUCAGUGUCAUAGGCUUGCUGAUAUCACAGCCUUCCUCAUCAACCUACAACCUGUCUGUCUCCUUGCCAUAAUAGCCAGCUUUCCAACAGUGAUGCCUGCUUUAUUUCUUACUAAUACACUUUCCUUUUGUGCCUCAUUCAGAAGGCCCCCUUUUUCUGCUCUCCUAGUUUCAUUUUUAGGACAUACCCUGCCAUCUGUCUGAGUAUCCCUUUCUCCCCAGCAGAAGGGUGUUGGCUCUUAUGUGGGAGGGAGAUUCUUCAUCACAAGUUUGGUCCCUUUCUAAAUGUUUACAAUUAGGGACUGGAAAGGGGUUCUGGUGGCUGCCAGGGGCAGCUGAUAGCAAUAUCAGGCAGGCAGAGACCUUGAUCUUACAGUGUCUCCAAUUAUUAUUCAAUAAUACAGAGAGAACAA